GGUUUUUGUUUGGAGUUUUCUUAAAAUUACUUAAAUUAUUAGUUUAUAGCCAGCUUUAUAAACAUGACACAGUGUAGAAGUUGUACUGAAACAAUAAGUUUAGAUAGUAUCGGUUAUAAUUUAUUUCCAGAAAAAGAAAAUGAUCCGGAUUACACGCAUUGGACCGAAGACUUUUUGGAACACAUGAAUUUCUGGCAAAUUGGGAUUCGUUUGGAUGAUGAUUUACCAAAACAGAUUUGUGAAACCUGCUUCCAAACGUUUUCAAUAAUACUAAAUUUUAGAGAACAAUGUUCGAGUGCUGAUGUAACUCUUCAAGAAAUAAAACACGAAUUAGAAAAGGAAGACAUAAGAUAUGAUGAUGUACUUGUUGAAGAAGUAUAUGUUGAAGAAUACGAAAAUGAUUCACUUGUAAAUAAUGAACUUGAAUAUACAUCCGCUGAUAUAGACGUAAUAAGCGUCGAAAGCGUCGAAAGCGUCGAAAGCGACUAUGAAGAUAGUGCAAGUGAACAUGAAGUAAAAAUUGAGAUAGACACCGUUUUCGAGGAAAAGGAGGAGGACGUCAAAAAAGUUAGAAAUAGUACGAGAUUUGAUAUGAAAAGCAUCUCUAAUUUAAAACCGAAUCCGCUUCUAUGUACUUUCUGUUUCUCUGACAAAUCUAAGGACGUACUAUAUCCAUCAGAGGAAGAAUUGAAAGUGCAUCAGCAAGAAGAACACCUUGAUCAUAUAGAAGCGUAUAAAUGUUUGAUAUGCCUUGAAAGAUUUGAUACAAGUGAUGAGGCGAAAGGACAUUUUAAUGCCUGCCAUAGAAUAGGCGAAACUUGUCAUAUAUGUGGCAAAUUUGUGAAACAUUUAUCUACCAAUCAUCUGCAACGUCAUGUGAAAUCUACAUUUACUUGUGAAAUUUGCGGAAUUGUUAUGCGCAACUGUUCAGUAAUACAAUUUGAAUAUCACAAAAGGUGGCACGACCCCAAAAAGCAAUUUAAAUGUUCCCAUCAGGGUUGUGAAAAAAAAUUUGUUACUCAUAACCACUUAAAAGCUCAUAUGUCCGUACAUAAAGAGUUUGGCGCUUUCCUAUGCACUGUGUGCGGAAAAGACUUCGCUACCAAAUUUAUGCUUAAAACCCAUACAAUUAAAAAUCAUGGAGCUAACCCUGAGAUAGCAUGCAACAUAUGUGAUAAAGUAUUUGAGACUUACAAACAAAAGCGAAAACAUCAAAGCGAGGAACAUCCUGAAAAGAUAACUAUAAGUUGUGAAAAUUGUCACAAUUUGUUUCCAACUGAAACUGGUAUGCGCCUACAUUUAAGGAGAUGUCAAAUAAUGCGGAAUAGAAAGCCAACUGCUUAUACAAGACAUCCUCCAGCAAGAUCAAGCGGUGGCAGUAUUGCCUGUAGUAAUUGCACCCAAACAUUUCACACAGAGUCCACGUUUUUAGCCCAUCAAAAAGUACAUUCAUCUGAUGGACGUCCAUUCCCGUGCAAGCAAUGUAAAAAAUUUUUUAAAACUGCAAGUAAUCUACGUACGCAUGAACAAUUAAUGCACGGAGAGAAGCAGUUGGAGUGUGAAGUUUGCGGCAAGCGCUUUGCACAUGGUUACACACUCACCGUGCACAUGGAAACACACAAUGAAGACAGGUUUGAAUGUGAAGAGUGCGGUAAUAAGUUUAAAAUGAGGAAGUCUCUUAAAUUACAUAAAAGGAUUAAACAUACGAACGAAAAGAAUAUUAAGUGCGAUUAUUGUAACGAGCAGUUUAAAUACCGUCAAAAAUUAUAUACGCACUUAAAAAAGGCACAUAAGUUCUUAUAUGAAGACCCAAAAGCCAAAGCGCUUGAGGACAAAUAAUUUAAAGCUUAUAUUAGCGUUAAUUUAAAUUUAAUAAAUUAUG